UUGGUCGUGUGUUCGUUUAGUUUCGCAAUAACCCGAGCGGACACCGGCCCAAAAUAUUGGCCUGUCUAUUUGUGCUCGAAUUACUUGAAACAAGUUCCUGUAAUUCAAAACACAAUAAAGCGAUUAUUCACCGCCACGGACAGUCAAAUUUUGGUACGAUAUCCUCUCAGGGCGAAUCAUUUCAAGAUCAUGUUCAUCUCAUCGUAGUUCCUCUUCGUUUAAGUGUUUGUGUGUGUUGUGGAUUGUUAGUGUAACGUGACAGUGUUGUGUUUGUGUCAGUGAUGGAUCCUGGAUCACCAUCGUUGUUAUGGCCGUUGCGGCUGACAAAGCCUGCAGGCGCCGAGGCGGGAGAGCAUAGCAAAGCGGAGGAGCGGGCGCAUUCGCCGGGGCUGGCGGAGCGGCUGGCGGCCGCGCCGGCCUCACCACCCUCGCCGCCUGCGCCGCCUAGCCCAGCGCCCCAGCAGCACCACUUCCAAGCGGCUUUAGUCGCCGAGAAGUACCUACUACUCGAGCAGGUCGAAGGUUCCUCCCUUUGUCGAUGUGUGGAUGUGCGCACGCAAGAGGAGUAUGUUUGCAAAGUGGUGUCCCGAGAUUGCAGCAGUUUACUACAAGCGCAUUACCGGCUCGAUGGGCACCCGCAUGUCAACCCCAUUCACGAAGUCCUAGUCGGCGACAAGAGGGUGUAUCUCAUCUUUCCUCGGUCGCAUUCUGAUCUGCACUCAUACGUGAGAGCGCGGAAACGGCUACGGGAACACGAGGCUCGCAGACUCUUCAGACAAAUGGCUGAGACAGUCGCAGCGUGCCAUGAACAAGGCAUUGUUUUACGGGACCUCAAACUACGGAAGUUCGUCUUUGCGGAUCCUCAGAGAACGACGCUAAAAUUGGAGUCGUUAGAAGACGCUGUUGUUCUCGACGAUCCUGAAGAAGAUCUCUUACAAGACAAGAGAGGCUGCCCAGCGUACGUCUCACCUGAGAUCCUGAGGGCACAUCGGACUUACUCUGGAAGAGCGGCGGACAUGUGGUCGCUCGGAGUUAUCCUAUACACCAUGCUCGUUGGAAGAUACCCGUUCAACGACUCUGAGCACGCGUCGCUGUUCGCGAAGAUCUCGCGCGGCUACUUCGUGGUGCCGGAGUGCCUGUCGUCGCGGGGCAAGUGCCUGAUCCGGUCGCUGCUGCGGCGCGAGGCGUGCGAGCGGCUGUCGGCGCGCGACGUGCUGCGCCACCCCUGGCUGGCGCGCGACCCGCGCAACGAGCUGCCGCCGCGCGCGCAGGCGUCGCACGACCGCCUGGUGCCCGACAUCGACAUGGAGCUGGACUGCGUGUAGGCCGCCCGCCGCGACGAGCAGCCCCGCCGCCGGCGCUGGCGCCGCGGCGAUGUGAUUCCUAAUUUAUAUGAAUUUAUUUAAACGUUUCCGGCCUACUUGUUCUGCAAGCUUGCGGUCGCGCUCGCCGCGGCGGUCCGUUCCGAGGACCUCCGCCCCGCGUAUUCUCGCGUUUCAGUAGAUAGUACCCGAGCCAAAUAAAGGUCUCAGUAGAGAUUUUACUUUAGUGAUUAGGACCCGAAGCGGGAUCGAGCGGCCGAGCCGGCUGGCCCGCGCCUCGGCCGCGCGACUUAUUUAUGAAGUAGAAGCUCGAACCUAGCGGCAAUAAGAAUCGCAUACGUCGCCCUGCAGGAGCGCUCUCCGGAGCGAUGCAACGUCAGUUUAGUUUAUGCGGCUUUUAUAUAGCACUAUUUCGUUCCGGCUUUUACGAGCUGUGGUAGUCGUAACGUUCGUAAUGACAGAAUAAGUGAGACUGAUAUCGCUUUCUUGUGAUCUACCGGAGACGAUAGCGACAGAUCCAUCUAUGGUGUGACGCGACGCGGGACCGACAGACGCGGAAACAAAUUUCUAAAUGUCCACGUGACGUACAUAAAUUUAUUUCAUCGUCCGUUUCCCAUUCCUCGUUUGGGUGAAUUAUUUAUACAUAAAGCAUUCUGUUAACUAUUACGUUAUUUCCUGACGAGAGUAAUGUAAUCAUAUCAAUUUCACAUCAAUAUAGAUGGAUAUAUUGCAUUGAAGUUGUUGCUGUAGUUUUAGGUAAAUUACCUAUGUAUAUUUUGUAUUUAUAUAAAAUUAAAGUUUAUCGUGUAAUUGUGAUCUCCACCGAUGUUAUUUAGCGAUUACUUGAAUGCCAUUAUGUUGUUACGCAGAAGUAAGAAUCUUUUGUUGCACAACGAACAGUUGCUUCCAUCUUAGAGUUAUGUAUUUUGAUUAUAUUGUUUGGUUAUAUUAAAUCGGAAUUAUUCGGCAAAUCUGCAAGUGAAAUUAUUAUUGUUAUCGUACCAAAAUUAUAUUAAUAAAAUAUAUUCGCAUCACCAUGUACCGCGAGUGGUCGUAGAAUUUGGUCUGUGCCAUUUAAUUUAAUGCUAAUUUAUUGUUGUUAUAGUGAUAUCAUGACGCGUGAAGGCGGCACUCUUCUUCCUUAAUCAAAAUUAUUUCUCCGUUUGGUACUUGGUGUUGAGUUUUAUUUGAUUUGUACAUUUGAGAUCAAUUUCCUUUUUAGUUUUUAUAAUAAUUUGUUCCAAAUCGAAAAAUCUGAAAUGUUACCAUGUCUAAAUUGUUAAAUCUUAGUUUUUUUUUAUUUCAAUUAAUUUUUUCAUUUUUUUUUGCUUAUUUUGUUCAUUUUUCCAACAUUGUAAGUGUAAUGUUGAUGUAGUCAAGUCUUUCAAACUGAAGAAAGCGCGUUUGUACAA